CAGCCGACGGGUUCGCUGGGUUCCCCCUGGCGACGUGUGUGGCGUGGGUGGCUGCGUGACUGAGAGGGCAUCGUCAUCUCGGCACUCAGAGUUGCUCAUUUGCACCGACACCACCCGCAGCGGAUCAGGUACGAGUGCACAAAGAGAGGGUGGAUGCAUGUGCCUGUCGGCGAUGCAGACGGCGGCUGUGUUAUGCUGUCACAUCAGAUUAUGGACGGCUACGGCUACGGUGCCCAUCCCCAGAACGACUACAUCAAUCAGGAUACGCCGCCAUACGCUCAGCCAGAUGACAUCAACGGUAGGCAUUUCCCAUUGUCAGCUGGGUGCUGCGUCGCUGUACAUGCCCUCUCUGUCUGUCUGUGUGUGCAGAAGUCGCGGCCAACACGCUCGUUGCCGACUGGCAGAGGGCCACAGAGAAGCCGACCAUCGUCUACAUAACGCCAGACGGCACCUGGGUGGCCUACCAGCAGCGCUCUCACACCAAGCUGCCCCGCCACACGCCCGUCUGUCUGAGACUCAGAAGCCUUCCCCAUUGGCCACAAGACACCACAAUCUACAUCACACCCACACGGAGAGACGACAUGAUGACAGACCAGCAGAAGGAUGACAGCCGCCAGCGCGGUGGGCGGGGCCGCGAGUUCGACUACGACCAGAUCGUGUUUGGGAAGAUUGGCCGACUCAGUGACGACGAGAGCCAUCCGAUGGCGCGUGGCCGGUGGGGCGGCAAGCCUUUUUCCUUCCGCUAUGCGCCCGACGAGGCCGUUGGGGCGGGGCGGCUGCGCAAGACGGUCAACCGCUGUGUGUGCGGGAUGCUCAACAUGAAGCAGGACCACCACCAGACAAACCACCACAAUGCAGCGAAGAAGACCGAGGCCAAGAAACGACGCAGUGACAUCAAAGUGAGGCAGGUCGGGCGUCACUGCGUUGUGUCAUGUGUUGGCUCGUGCGUGAUUUCUCGGCUUGUGUGUCAGGCGGCCAAGGCGGCCAAGGUUCUCAAACACACCAACCAGACAAGUGGGAGCACACCAAUGCACGGUGCAAAGCAGCAUCCUCAUGUGUCUUGUUUGCACUGCUGUGGGUGCAGUGCCGCCCGAGACGCCAUCCAAUGGGGAAUCAUCGGCCGACAACUUCGUCGACAACGUAUUCAACACGCCACUGUGAUGAUGAUUUUGGUUUACGAGGAGGUGUCUAGCUACCGGAGAGGUGUGCACCUGUGCCUGUGUAUGUGAGUGCGUGAGGGUGUGUAUGUGCGUGUCCGUGUUGACUCACUGUUGAGCGGUUUUGGUCCUACCUUUAUCUACUAUCGA